CAACUAUAUAUAUACAGUGCUUCAGUAUCUCACUGUUUCAGCUUGGUUUCACUCAGGAGAAGAAGGUAUUACCAGUAUGCAGAUCUGCAGGGAUGCAUGUUUUUUUUUUUAACAAUAUGGCUCGUUUACCUUACGUUUGAGGUUGAAACUUUUCAAGGGAUAUCCUGUGGCUCCCCUGGCGAAGUGAUGAAUGGCAGGUAUGACCUCACAGAGGGGGUGGAGUUUGGAGCCAGAGUAACAGCCCAGUGUGACAAAGGACAUUACAUUGUGGGUUCCAAAGUACGGAAUUGCAUGGCAGCAGGGUGGUCUGGCAGAGUCGCUAUCUGUGAAGUGGUGAAGUGUGGAGCGCCUCCUGUUGUUGCCAAUGGAAGUCUGUUGUACAGAGCUGAAGAGUCGUAUGCCUACAGAGAGGUGGUGGAGUAUCAGUGUGACAGGCAACUGACUCUGGAUGGACCCAGGUUCUUACACUGCUCUGAAACAGGACAGUUUGAGCCAAAUCCACCUAAAUGUAUCGACAUAACUUGUCCAACACCUAACAUCGAUAAAGCUUUCCGCGUAGAGGGACAUUUGCCUCCCUACAAAUACAAGUCUUUCAUCAGAUAUGAAUGUGAAAAAGGAUAUGAAAUGGAAGGUGAAUCAGGUCUUACCUGUGAAAUGGACAGCCGCUGGUCAGCAUCAUACCCAACAUGCAAAGUGUCAAAAGACAGCAACCCUGAAGCUGAAAAUGGUUUUUUUUCCAAGAUUGGAGAUGAAAUCAAAGGUGGACUCAACACAUUUUUAAACUGGGUUUCCAACAAAAUCCCAGAGGUCGAACUCAAGCUCCCCUGGAUGAGGAAAUGACACAUUUAAACUAAAAAACUAUUAAACUCAUCACAUUGGGAAGGACAUUCAGGACAUCAAAAUGAACCUUUACACAUGUAUCUUUUACAGUAGUAACAAUACAUGUCUUCUGAAAAGUA